ACAGGGCAGGACAUGUGAGAUAGUCACAGUUUUCCAGAGAUCAGGACAAGAUCUAACCAGUCGCGCGUGGUCCCCGGCGCCGGAGUCGGCCAGCCCAGCCCAGCCCCGCGCAGAGCCCCCUCCGCCCCCGCGUCCAGAGCCCCGCGCCCCUUGAGGUGCGCGGGACGGGGAGCCGGGAGAAGCCGCUGCCGCGCCCGCCGCCCGGGCCGUCUGUCCUCCGCGCGCGCCGCCGCCCGGGCCGGGGGUCCGAGGCGCGCGCCCCCGGCCCCGGCCCCGGCUCCCGGGUGCCUGGGCCGGAUGUCCCGAUGAGAGAGCCGGCGCUGGCAGCCAGCGCCAUGGCUUACCAUCCGUUCCACGCGCCACGGCCCGCCGACUUCCCCAUGUCCGCCUUCCUGGCGGCAGCGCAGCCCUCCUUCUUCCCGGCGCUAGCGCUGCCGCCCGGCGCGCUGGCCAAGCCUCUGCCCGACCCGGGCCUGGCGGGGGCGGCGGCCGCGGCUGCAGCGGCGGCGGCGGCAGCCGAGGCGGGGCUGCACGUCUCGGCACUCGGCCCGCACCCGCCCGCCGCGCAUCUGCGCUCGCUCAAGAGCCUGGAACCCGAGGACGAGGUGGAGGACGACCCCAAGGUGACGCUGGAGGCCAAGGAGCUGUGGGACCAGUUCCACAAGCUGGGCACCGAGAUGGUCAUCACCAAGUCCGGGAGGCGGAUGUUCCCCCCCUUCAAGGUGCGAGUCAGCGGCCUGGACAAGAAGGCCAAGUACAUCCUGCUGAUGGACAUUGUGGCUGCCGAUGACUGCCGAUAUAAGUUUCACAACUCGAGAUGGAUGGUGGCAGGCAAAGCCGACCCCGAGAUGCCUAAACGCAUGUACAUCCACCCGGACAGUCCGGCCACGGGGGAGCAGUGGAUGGCCAAGCCCGUGGCCUUCCACAAACUGAAGCUAACCAACAACAUUUCUGACAAGCAUGGCUUCACCAUCCUGAACUCCAUGCACAAGUACCAGCCGCGCUUCCACAUCGUGCGAGCCAACGACAUCUUGAAGCUCCCAUACAGUACCUUUCGCACCUAUGUCUUCCCAGAGACUGACUUCAUCGCUGUCACUGCCUACCAGAAUGACAAGAUUACACAACUGAAGAUCGACAACAACCCUUUUGCCAAGGGCUUCCGGGACACCGGGAACGGCCGUCGGGAGAAAAGGAAGCAGCUAACGCUGCCCACUCUCCGUUUGUAUGAGGAGCACUGUAAACCGGAGCGUGACGGCGCUGAAUCCGAUGCCUCGUCCUGCGACCCUCCGCCUGCGCGCGAACCACCGCCCUCCCCCAGCGCAGCGCCCAGCCCUCUACGCCUGCACCGGGCCCGAGCCGAGGAGAAGCCGUGCGCAGCCGACAGCGACCCUGAGCCGGAGCGGUCGGGCGAGGAGCGCGCCGCAGCGCCCCUGGGCCGCAGCUCUUCGCGGGACGCCAGCCCCGCUCGCCUGACCGAACCCGAACGCUCCCGGGAGCGGCGCAGCCCGGAGAGGGGCAGCAAGGAACCGACGGAGGGCGGUGGGGACGGCCCAUUUAGUCUGCGGAGCCUGGAGAAGGAGCGCGCGGAGGCCCGGAGGAAGGAUGAGGGGCGCAAGGACGUGGGCGAAGGCAAGGAGCCCAGCCUGGCGCCUCUGGUGGUGCAGACAGACAGUGCGUCCCCCCUGGGUGCGGGCCAUCUGCCCGGCUUGGCCUUCUCCAGCCACCUGCACGGGCAGCAGUUCUUUGGGCCGUUGGGAGCUGGCCAGCCCCUCUUCCUGCACCCAGGACAAUUUGCCAUGGGCCCCGGAGCCUUCUCCGCCAUGGGCAUGGGUCAUCUGCUAGCCUCGGUGGCAGGCGGCGGUGGCAAUAGCGGGGGCGCUGCGCCCGGAACCGCGGCGGGGCUGGACGCAGGCGGGCUGGGUCCCGCAGCCAGCGCAGCAAGCACCGCGACUCCCUUCCCGUUCCACCUCUCCCAGCACAUGCUGGCAUCUCAGGGAAUCCCAAUGCCCACUUUCGGAGGCCUCUUCCCCUACCCGUACACUUACAUGGCAGCAGCGGCCGCCGCCGCCUCCGCUUUACCCGCCACCAGCGCUGCAGCUGCCGCCGCCGCCGCCGCUGGUUCUCUAUCACGGAGCCCAUUUCUGGGCAGUGCCCGGCCCCGCCUGCGCUUCAGCCCCUACCAGAUCCCGGUCACCAUCCCACCUAGCACUAGCCUCCUUACCACUGGGCUGGCGGCGGAGAGCUCCAAGGGUGGAAAUAGCCGUGAGCCCAGUCCACUGCCUGAGCUGGCUCUCCGAAAAGUGGGGGGCCCAUCCCGCGGGGCCCUAUCGCCCAGCGGCUCAGCCAAAGAGGCGGCCAGUGAACUGCAGAGCAUCCAGAGACUGGUGAGUGGACUAGAGAGCCAGCGAGCCCUCUCCCCCGGCCGGGAGUCUCCCAAGUGAGGGACCGCUUGGCUGCUGCGCUGCCACACGAGCCUGUCGGGCUGGGCUCUCUGCCUCGGCUGUUUGGGACGUGUACAGCACAGAAUGGGUAUUUAUUUAAAUAAAGAAGCAAAAGCAGGCUUCAGCGGUCAGAAUAGACCCUCGCGUGGCAGGUCGGGGGUCUGGGCCGCUACCCUGGGGUCUUAGCGAGGAAAUCAGUCUACCCGGAACACAGUCACUCUGGAGCCCCUGGAUGUGAUGCGGAUUUCUGUUCGAGAGUCAACUCCCAGGGCACCUCCUUCUUUCAACACUAUGGGGGUGGCCUCUUUCCGGCGGUCCCUUUGGAAGCCAAAAGGUGCAUAGGGUAGAGGUGUUCACUUCGGAAAGCAUCCCAGGAUCCUGGCCUUAGGCCUGAAUGUCGUGCGAAACUGGUGUGGACGAUGCUGGAGGCAGGGAAGCCUGAACUCAGCGUAGACUUGAGCUAAGAGGAGUCCUGUCCGGUUGGUCUUCCCACCUCUAUCCCACAAAAGACAGGCGCCAUUCCUACUUCCACUUCUGGGUCAGCGGAGGAAGUUGCACUUCUGCUUUGAGUCCCCAGGGGGCAAAAGAUAUUUAUGAAAUAAAUGGUAAUUUGUGUAAAUAAGUUUUAAGGUUCCCAGAAGAUACAAAUUCGUAUUAAUUUAUUCGAAGGUGUACAUUGCUGUGUACAUAUAUUUAGAGAUUAACUCAUAGCAUUUAAUUUUUUUUUCAUUUUACAUGAGCAUCUAUAUUGUACAGGGUCCCGGGAUCCUUGGCUGCUGGGGUAGGGGGAGGCACCGAACCCCAGGGAAGGCCCACCCCGCGGGCCCCUCAGCCUCUGCGCCCCGGUUUUGCCCGCCCAGCCCACGGGCCCCACCUCAGGUUUUCACUUUUUGCUCCAGAGGGAGAACGAAGCGAGAAAAUAAUAAAAACGCUACCAUGCGAA